UUCUAGGUUCUCUACAACUAUAUGACUAUCGUGUGAGAUUAUGGCAUAUCUCCGGCAUACCCGAGAAGGGUGCACAGACAGAGAAAUAAGAAAAUAUGCUGACUCGGGCGUUCUAAUAUCUUAUCCUUGGUUCAGGCAGCCAAUCUGCCGCAAGAAAUAGAGUCGUUACAUGCAGCAUGGUGCCAUAGGAAGCAUAGAGUCCGCCGUGAGUAACCGAGCAUCGAACGAGUAUAUAGAUAGACCCUUCCCCCAUGGCUUCCUCUUAAAGACGACUACCAAAUAAACCAUUUCACAUUCGAUUCUUCCUUCUGAUUAACCCCGGACUUGCAACUGCUUGUAGUGUGGGGAACUAUCCGCUCAAAGCUCUCUCCGCCGCUUUCCGUCGGCUAUCUUCGGAUCUCCCUCUGAGAUCAGCGACAACACGACCAAAUUCCAGAUGAUUGUGCAACCCUUAGUCAAUUACUUAUCCAUUGAGGGGGUGGCAACGGCAUUAUGUCUUGCCCUUGGAGUUCUGAUAUUUGGAUACGGUCUCUAUAACAGAUUCUUCCAUCCUCUGCGCCAUAUUGAUGGUCCAUUCUUGGCGACGGUAACUCCCUGGGUACAGCUCUACCAUGGAUUAAAAGGAGAUCGACAUAUCUGGCUACAUGGCCUCCAUCAGCAAUACGGCUCUCAUGUCCGAGUAGCGCCCAACUUCGUGUCUGUGAACACGGCACAAGGGCUACAUGAUAUCUACGGACAUGGGAAGCGUCUCAAGAAGGCGGAUUUCUACAACGCCUUCCCGGCCAUCAAGGGGGUGUAUAAUACCCACAACGUAAUCGAUAAGACCGUACACGGUAGAAAGAGGCGUGUGCUCAGUCAGGCAUUUUCAGACCACGCACUCAAGGGCAUGGAAGAUGUUAUGCUCUUGCAUGUUCGUCAGUUCUGUGCGAUUAUGGGUGGCGAACUUCAUGGAGAUGCGACAAGAUCUGAUAGGCAACUUGGCGGUGCUCCUAUAUGGAAUAUGGCUGACUGGUUCGGAUAUCUGACGUACGAUGUCAUGGGUGAACUAUGUUUCGGGAAGAGCUUCGAUAUGUUAAUUGAAAUCGGGAGGAGGAAGAUGAUCUCCUUGGUUGAUAGAGCUGCUUAUCGACAUUAUGUGUGUGGACUAUGGAUGCCAUUAGACCGCUGGGGUUUGGAUAAGAUAUUUAUCAGGAAGCUCACAAAGGAUCGAUGGAAUUUCAUCAUGAAUUCCCGCGUUGAGGCCAACCAACGAGCGAAAGAGAGAACCCAGGCCGGCCACGAGGCCAAGAAGGACUUCUUCCACUACCUCCUCAAUGCUAAGGACCCCAAUACCGGCAAGGGACUGGCAACGCAGGAGCUUUGGGGUGAAGCCAAUGUGCUCAUGAUCGCCGGAAGUGAUACCACCUCUACAGGCCUGGCGUCUACGAUCUUCUACCUUGUUCGCAAUCCCAAAGCCAUGGAGACUCUCAAGAGAGAAAUUCGAGAGAACUUCAACGAUGUCGAAGAGAUCAUCACCGGCACGAAGCUGAAUGAGCUGGUAUACUUGAAAGCAUGCAUUGAUGAAGCGAUGCGUCUCACACCAGCCGUUCCCGGGGCCAUUCCCCGUGAAGUCAUGGAAGGAGGUGCCGAAGUUGAUGGCGUCUUCCUUCCUGAAGGCUCAAACUGUGGAACUCCCACGUACUCCAUUCACAGACACCCGGCGUACUACCGUGAGCCGUUGGCGUACGUCCCAGAGAGAUGGAUCGAUGGAGCUAUCUGCCAGACAGGAAAUAAUUCAUGGCAGACAACGAAAGAAGAACUUGAGAUUGCGCGAAGAGCCUUCUGUCCGUUUAGUAUCGGGCCCAGAGGAUGCAUCGGGAAGAGCAUGGCGUUGAUGGAACUUAGACUAACCAUCGCGCGGAUGAUGUUCUUGUUCGAUGUUUCGUUGGCAGAUCGGAUUGGUGAGGAUAAACAUGGACAUCUUGCCAUGGUAGACCAUUUCACAAGUCAGAAGAAUGGGCCAAAUGUGCUUAUUCGGAGGAGGGCCGAGGGUGUCUAGUUAGCUAAGUGUUUGAAGCAGCACAGAUAUCUUUGAUGUAUGGUAGGAGGGUUCAUUUCCAAAUGAUUGAACUAUAACUAGUUCAUAGGAUGAAUACUUAGUUUUCGGGAGUUUACAUAUUAUUGUGACCAUCUUUGUUCCCGCGAUGUGUUGCUAGCAGAUCAGAGCACCCUAGAUUUCGGGCGCUCGACUUGCAGUUGCUUGCAAGGACUAGCUGAUAAUGAUACACAAUUUAAGAAAUAUCAAUCAUGUUUAUAUUCUCAAAUGCGCAUUA